AUGAAGCGAGGAAUAGAGUUAGGGCCACAGCUGCUCCGGGCACUGAUUUGGAGGCCAGGAGGAUGUCGGAGACUGGUGACAAGGGCUCUCCAGGAGACUCUCACGGAUUCUGAGCCCUUAUCUGGCUCUGUGAGGUCCUUCGAGGACAUCCCCCAGAGCCAAGGCAACCCUUGGUUCAAGAUGCUAAAGAUGUGGAAGGAAAAUGGCCUACAAAAUUUUCAUCUUGAUUCCCAGAAGAAAUUUCAGCAGUUGGGACCCAUCUACAGGGAGAAGGUGGGCACUUUCAGCACAGUGAACGUCCAUCUGCCCCAGGAUGCGGAGAAAGUGCUGAAGGCUGAAGGACCACUUCCCCAGAGGUUUGAGACGAAGCCCUGGUUAGUGCAUAGACAGACCCGGAACCGCAAGCGUGGCAUCUUCCUUCUAAAUGGGAAAGAAUGGUUAAAUGACCGCUUAAAGUUGAACCAGGAUGUGCUCUCGCCAAGUGGUGCUGAUCAUUUCAUUCCCUUGCUAAAUACCAUCUGCCAAGAUUUUGUGCAACACUUGGACAUGCGAAUCCGGAGGAAUGUUCGACAGUCCUUCACCUUCAACCUCAGGCCCUAUAUUUUCCAAUUCACUUUGGAAGCAAGUGUCUAUGCCUUGUAUGGGGAACGCCUGGGAUUGUUAAAGAGCAGCCCAAAUCCUGAUGCUUUGCAGUUCAUCCAGGCCAUAAAUGCUAUGAUAUCUUCCACACCCCUCCUUCUCUACACACCUGUGGCCCUGAGCCGAUUGAUAAAUCCCAAGAUGUGGGAAAAGCACUUUGAAGCUUGGGACUAUAUUUUCAAGUUUGCUGACAAGUGUAUUCAGAAAAUCUACCAGGAGAUGUGUUUGAAUGGCUCACCUCAGUACUCGGGUAUCAUGGCUGAACUCAUGGCAAAAGCUGACCUUUCUCUAGAAGCCAUCAAAGCCAACAUGUUGGAACUCACUGCUGGAAGCUUGGAAACGACCUCAUUCCCUAUGAUGAUAACCCUCUUUGAGCUGGCCCGGAACAAAGAAUUACAGAAUGCUUUGAGGAAAGAGAGUCUGGAGAUCGAGACACAUUUGGAAGAGAAUCCAGCAAAAUUGAUUAAGGAACUGCCCUUGCUUCGGGCUGCCAUCAAAGAGACUCUUAGGCUUUAUCCCGUGGGCUUGAUUAUACAACGCUACCUGAACAGGGACACCAUCUUACAGAAUUACAGAGUCCCUGCUGGCACCCUGGUUCAAAUCAUACUGUACUCCAUGGGGCGUAGCCCAGAAGUGUUUUCCCAGCCUGACUGCUAUGACCCUUCGCGUUGGCUAGUCCCUAACACUGACCAGGUGAAUAAUCAGGUCUCCAAUUUCCGCUUCUUGGCCUUUGGUUUUGGGAUUCGCCAGUGCAUCGGACGCAGGCUAGCUGAGGCUGAAAUGAUCCUCUUCUUGCACCAUGUUCUGAAAAAUUUCCAGGUGGAGACCUUAUGUAAGGAUGACCUGAACUUGUGCUUUCGCUUCGUCCUUCAUCCAAAAUCCUUCCCACUCUUUACCUUCAGUGUCCUCAACUGAUCUUGUCAACGUGCUUCCAUGGCUAGAAGCCCUGUCUGACCCCACUCCUUGUCACCUAACCUAAACUGA